GGGGAAAUCCCUGAUCAGAGUCUCGCGCGGGAAUGUUUCGUGUGCCCCACGCAGUGGCAAGAUGGCCGCCGUGAAGAGCGUUAGACAAUUUGCAAAUUCUGUUCGUUUUAUUUGCGGUUUAAACGUUCUCUCCCGACGGUAUGCCAGCACUGAUGGUUCAUUUCAUCCAAGGAGGUCCCUGUUGUAUAUUCCUGGCAAUGAUGAGAGAAAAAUUAAGAAAGCGUCAAGCUUGAAUGCUGAUAUUGUUGUACUUGAUUGCGAAGAUGGAGUGGCUCUGAAUCGGAAGGUAUGUCGUCACAGAAUAGAGACCAUACAGAAGUCCGACGACUUGGUUUGGCCUAUGAUUUUGGUGUAACCGUUGCAAUGCUUCCCCCAUGUUCUUAGCCAGUGUCCUUUUAGAAGGAGGCAUUCACCCCCCCCCCCUGAAAAUAUUGAAAAUGGCAGGGGGUGAAUGUCUCUCUGGGCUGAAUGCUGAUUGGCUGAUCAAGGCUAGUUUUCAAUUUUCAUUGCUAGGUGACACUCACUGACAGUUGUCUAUUUCUAUUCUGAAAUCAUCGGCAAGCAUCAUAAGCAGGUGAUUUUCACUAUCGUAGUUUGUCUGUGAUCUUCGUUUUGUUAUCACAGACUAUCGCAACAAAACAAUUUUUUUAUCUACCAUGACAGCCUGCAACACUUGAGGACGAAUUAUGACAGACGGUGUUCAUUUGUCCAAAGCCACCUGCGAUGCUUGCCGACAGUGAUGAUCAGUCUGAAAAGCACCCAUCUUGUUUUAGGCCGGAAAAUUUCGUCCGCCACUAAGAAAACAUUGACAGCCAUUCACCAGAGGCUGUGUGUAAUUCGCCGGUACUUGCAGUCAUGACAAGCUGAAAUUUUUAGCCCAGUCUUGCACUCGGACAAUUAGGGCUGCAAAUAAAUAUUUGACUUGACAGGACAUUUGUCCGAUCACUUUUAAUUUUGGUCGGACAUAACUUGAAUUUGGUCGGACAAAAACCAACACCACUAAAUUUGGUCAGACAUAUACAGUAUACGUCGCAAGAUAUAUAUAAGUCACGAGAAAAGUAUGUAUAGCCAUUACGAUGCAAUGUUAAGUUAAAUGCUAGAAUGCCUCAUAAAUAUUAUUGCAAAAUGCAAAUUGAGUGAAUUUGCAAUCGCAUUUUGUGACAGCAAGAAAAUGUAUAAUGUGACAAUUUUUUUUGUGAUCAGACCAAUGUCCGAUCAAAAUUACUUUUGCUCGGACAUUUGCCAAAUUUAGUCGGACAUUGUCCGAUGUCCGACAGUAAUUUGCAGCCCUGGACAAUAUACCAAAUAGACAAAGCUUGCAAGCCUUUGCCCACCACUCAACUCACAGCGCCCUUGAAGCUUCGACCUUCCAUUCUUUGCAUACUUGCUUCCCUCAUCAAUUAGCCAGAGCCUCAGUAGAGCAAAACAGUAUUGACCAUACCAAAAUUAUUAUUAGCCAGGACUUCAAAUGGGCACCUGAAGGGCUGCUGAAAAGCACAACGUGUAUUGCUAUUUCAACAAGUUGUCAUGAGGAUAUGUGUACACUGCUUGUUCCCAGCUUGUAGACAAGCAAUACAAGUUGUGCGGUUCAUCUAUUUGCGGAUCAUGGAGGAGGGCAUUGGUCAGAAAUGGAUGAACAUUUGGUCAAAACGAAACAGCCUGCUUUCUUGCAUUAACUAGAAAGAAGCGAGGGAAGUGAUCUCGAAUGUUCUCAACACAACAUCAUUUGGUUCAAGUGAAGUUGCAGUCCGGAUAAAUUCUGUCGAUGCUGAAAAACUAGCACUGGAGGACAUGAACACCUUCAUGCAAAGUCUGACCAUUCCUACCACCCUCCUGGUUCCUAAAGUAGAGCAUGCCAGACAUUUGGAAUGGGUAAGUAUAACUAUAAGAAUGUCAGCUAGAAUGUUAGCUUUUGAACAAGUACACUUUGCCAGGGUGCAUUAUAAACAAUAGUGAUGAACAAGUGGGCUUAUAAUCGGGUGGGCUUAUAUUCGGGGCUUAUAUUUGGAAUGAGGUGAGCGUUAGUACAUGUGGUGGGCUUAUACAUGGGGGGCUUAUAUUUGAGAGGGCUUAUAUUUGGAGGUUUACGGUAUGCAAAAAUUUCACGGUUACGCUGUUUGUUGUAUUUAUUGGUAUUUAUGUGCUACCAAGUUAAUUUAAUUACAACAUACGCUACUAUGCCAGGAAAGAUGAUUGUACACCAAGGCUUGCUGUAACUCUAGCUACGCUGAAGAUCUUCCGAUUAGACUACAUCGCGAAUACACCCGGGGCACUUUGCCAAAACUUAAUUGGCAAAGUUACCUAUACAAACAAGCAAAUAAAACUUAAUGUCAUAUGAAAACGUGUUUUAUAGAAAACUUGCUUGUCUGGCUUUAGGGCCAUGCCCAGCCAGUCUUAAUACUAGAUCUUCUAGAUCUCUGAUAUUCUCUAUGAAUGUUUCCCACCAGCAUAACCAACUAAAAGUGAAGCCCAAUAAUCCAGUAACUUUUGCAAUUGACUUGUCACUUGAGCAUCAAGCAGCUAUGAUUUGAAAAAAUGUAUUUCUUUAGAUCAAUGAUAAAAUUUUUCCAGUGGCCAAGACACUAAAACCUGAGGUGAAACUCAAGCUGAUCAUUUUUGUCGAGUCAGCGCUUGGUCUGUUGAAUCUACGCGAGAUUCUAGAAGCCGGAGUGGAUGAAACAAAUCUGUUUAAUCUUGAGGCUGUUGUAUUUGGAUCUGAUGAUUUCUUUGCAAAUAUUGGUGGGGACCAUUCAACAUAAAUUUACAGUUGUUUAAUAUUUAAAAUUUAUAUAAAUUUUGUAAAUUGGGCCGUUGUUUUUUACUGGUUUUUGAUCACUCAACGUUGUAUAGGUGCCACUAGAACGCAUGAUGCAAAGGAACUCAUGUUUGCUCGCCAAUCGAUUGUCAUACAUUGCAAAGCUUUUGGAUUACAGGCCAUUGACAUGGUACAUAUUGACUUCAAAGGUGGGAAAAUUUUUAUAAACUCUAACUGAUAAAAUUUACAAUGGUUUUACAGUAUAUACUGAUUCUAUGUAAUUUUGUAAUAAUAACAGCUACUGAGCUAGUACAUCCAUAUUCCCUUUCAGAUCUAGACAGACUAAAAGAAGAAUCGAUAGAAGGGGCUAGGAUGGGUUUCACAGGUACAUUUGUGAUCAUGCUUCGCAACAGGGGUGUAGCCAUGGGGAGUUCUCCCCCCCCCCUUCCCCCCCCCGCACUUUUUUCUGAAGCAAUUUUUGUGAAAUUUUGACAUAUAUACAAUUUCAUGGAAAUUCGGAAGUUUCGACGCUUUCACAACCAUUUUGUAGUGAUGUUUUAUUUUUCUACUAUGAAUUUUCUAGUCUGAAGGAAUAGUAACUCUAAAGUUCACUAAUUCUACUUGUUUCAUAUAGGAAAACAAGUUAUCCAUCCCAAUCAGAUUGACAUUGUCAACGAAGCAUUCUCACCUUCACCUGAGAAGAUUGAAUGGGCAAGGGAGCUGGUAGCAGCAUUUGAACAACAAUCAAGUGAAGGAAUUGUGAGUAUACGAAAUAUUGACAGGGCGGGUUUGUUACUUCUCAGACAAACUUGUAUUUAAAGAAACAUUUAUGGUGAAGUUGUAGAGUUUAUUUAUGGACAUUUAUUACCGUGAUAUCAAGACAACAAUAUAUACAGGGUCAGCCUAGUCCCAGGCUCUCUCGCUAUUCGCUGCUUUGAUAUAUUUAAAUAAGUCUUAAAAGUUUUAUGCCUGGGUGUGUAGCGGUGACGUCACACCUAGGUCCCAGUCUCGUACUACAUCCACUUUUUUCUCGCACUUGCUUCAGAACGACUGGGACUAGGCUGAUACAGGGUGUAUAAAAAAAAAGGUAAUCGAACUUUAGCGCGCUAUUGUAUCUGAAUUACUCUGCGUAUGAACGAGAUUUUUUCGCAUUCGAAAGAUCAUGCUUUUAGCUGUUGAAUGAUAUCUUCUUCAUGCCAAAUGGAUAAAAAAUGAGCGAAUACGAAUCCGAUAAAAAUGUUAGUCAGAAUCGCAUAUUUUCACCGUUGAGAGUUGGGUCUAAAAUCAUUGAAAAUGAACUCCCUUUAGGACUUAAGUUGAUGAGUUUCGCUUUAUUAAACUGCACACAUAUUCAUAAUUAUUAUUAAGUAGGAAUAAAUCUUAGCUAAGCUACGACACGUUCGUGAUUAAUUGCUUUUUCUUUUGUUAUGCAUUGUUUUAAUUAGGCACAGAGGUGAAAAUAUGCGAUUUUGACUAACAUUUUUAAUCGGCCUCGUACAUGCUUAUUUUUUCUCCACUUGGCAUGAAAAGCAUGUCAUUGAAUAGCUAAAAGCCUGAUCUUUCCAAAUAUGAAAACCAAUUGUUCAUACGCCGAGUAAUUCACGUAUAAUAGCGCGCUGAAGUUCGAUUACCUUUUUUUAUACACCCUGUAUACGUUGCCGACUUGAGUCCUUUGUGUUUUGCUCAUGAAUUGUUAAUGAGUUUGAGAAUAUAUCUUUCUUUCUUCUGACAGGGAGCGAUCACAUUUCGAGGUCAAAUGAUUGAUAUGCCCUUGGUCAAACAAGCUUUCAACGUUCUGACUAUGGCAAAAGCAACUAAAUCAAAGUAGAUUUUAGUGGAAAUGUUUACAUCAAGAGGUAGAAACGUUACUGACAGGUUACUGUACGUGUCUCCACAACUCGCCACUAAUCACAUGCAUAGAAAAUGGGAUAAUUCCAGCAAGAUUUUGCCCACACACCAACCAAAUCCUCACCCGAACCGCACCUAACGAGGCCAAGAAAAGAAAUACCCGCUAGGUUUCCUAUUUCUUGUUGCAAAAAGAUUGGUCAGGUCUUUUGUUUCUGUAAAUUUUUUUCCAAAUUUCAUGUUCAUGCAUGAGAGUGAAAUCUUAUGCCAAAUACGGCAGCACAUAUGGCACAAACUUUGGUUUUAACGUCAUGUAUCAACUUUGAAACAAAGAGGUUAUACUUUAUAUUGGUAUUAUACAAAACUAAUGCCAAACUAAAUUGGGUGCGAAAAAUUGCUCCAAACUCUUUGCAAACUUCAGAUAAAAAGAUUAGCGUCAGUGAUUUCAGUAGCCAAAAGUUAUAGAUGUGGUCGGAAAACCGUAAACGCAGGUAUUUUUUUGCCCUAUAUUAUUGCAUUUAACAUAAAACUGAUAGUUUAAAUAUAGUGACUACAUUUUAUUGUCUUUUAUAUGAAUUAUGGGAUUCCAAUAUCUAGAAGGAAUUUCUUUAAUUAAUUAAGAUACACUGUAAAUUAGCAUAAUUGUAUAGACCAUUGCACAUGACGUCACAGCGCCGGUGACGAUGCAUCUGGAGGACAAAUUAGCAAUCUAUGCAUAAUAUAACUUUUGUAAACAAAGCAUAUUUUGUAAAACUUUAUAAUAAUUUUGUAUUAAAAUGGUAAAUUUUUGCGCUGUGUGUGGUUGUUGUACCCGAAUAGAUAUUGUUAGGGGGCAUCUGGAGGACACUCUAAGGAUUUGUGACGUCAGUGGAAUGGGUCUAUAUACUAUAAUUAUAAUAUAUUUUUAUCUCGUUAUAUUCAGAUAUUGUUUCAGUGACCAAAGCCCAGAUCAAACAAGGUUGAGAGUGCACAAUUUGUGACUUUCAACUUUCAUCCUCGUCAUGCACGGAUUUUCUAGGGGGUGCCCCCUGCACCUCCCCAAAAUAUUUUGUACCCCCCAAGAAAGUUUCCCCACCCACCUAGAGAAAUUUGCACCCCUCCAAAAAUGUUUAUAAAUGCUAUAAAUUUUGAACUAAGUAAGACUAAAACAUGGAUUUUGAAUAAAAAAUCUCAAAAUUUCCUGGUGACUUCGGCCCCUGGGGGCUUUGACCCCCGUCAGCAAGAAUAGAAACUGUGCCCCCAGACCCCUACUGCAGCUUGUUCGGCGUCGUUAAGCGCCCCGCCACUCACCUCCCCCCUAAAUAUGUUGUAUUAAACAACAAAACUACGGUUAUAUACUUAUGAUUUCUUUUAUGAAACUUGUUACGGCUCUUAAGCCUGGUUCACAGUUGGAAUUUUGUCGGCGAUUUUGUGUUUCUGACGGAUGGAAAUGAGUGAACUCGCACAUAAAAGUAUAGAGUCGUUUUUCAGAAGUAAACAAUUGUAAGUCUUCUGCAUGUCAUUCAUUCCAUCACAUUUGCCAAGAGGAGAAAAAUCGCCGACAGAAUUGCGAGUGUGAACUGGGCUUUAGGCCAAAUAAAAAAAAAUUCUUGGUUAGCGUCACACUCUCACAAAUUUUCAGAGGCGGGCGGGCGUUUUUUUUUAAAUUUUUACUCGUUUUUUAAUUUUUUAAUAGUAUUUUUUGGGGGGAUGGGGGCGGUUUUUCCACCAUAUCAGUGAAAUUUUUUGUACUGAUGUUGCGAAGGCCGCCAUUUUGCUAUAAGAACCUUG